AUGCACCUGCAUCUUUCUGUCUUACUGUUCUACCUGGUGAUCUCAUUGCCUGCAGGUAACUGCACGGCCAGGAUGGUAUGGGUAGCUUUCUGUAACAACAUAAUGUCCUGUUGUAAACAGGACACAUUAUUUCCACCUCCUCAAAGCGAAGUUUUCUGA